CGCAUCCUUACGUCAUCACGUCGUCGCCUUGCUGUUACCAUGGAGACGGAGUAACAGUUGACAGUGAGCCGUCGGUGAGCAGUUCACUGGACAGGAAACAGACGAUGGAGACUGUGCUGGAGUCAGGCAGUGAGGACCGAGUGAGAGGUGAAGAGGAUGAUGAUGGCAGAGAGACGACGAAGCUGGAGGAGACUCUCAGUGACCUCCCACCCAGGAAGAAGGCAGAGGACUGUCCCGAGUCCUACAGGGUCAACUCCCCCGACGAGGUCCGAGUGCUGGCCAUCGCUGAGAGCUUCCAGCGUCAGUAUUCAUACUUGUACCCCGACCGCAAGCCGCUGCUGCUCUGCCCUGUCAACGAGUGUGGCGUGAAGAAGUUCGUGUCCACGAGUCUCCGACCCACACCAAAUGUCUACCCUGAGCUCUACACCUGGGAGGGCUGCGCCUCAUUUGUGGCUAACUUCCUGUCUCUGGACCCUUUGGAGCCGCCCGUGGACCCGCCCUGUCACCUGUUGUCCUCCACCUCGGUGCUCCGGCGUCAGAGAGCCACGUGUUUCGAAUCUGCCACCCUGCUGUGCAGCCUGCUGCUCGGCGCCGACUACAACGCCUACUGCGUCAGCGGCUACGCCGUCAGAGAGAUGUGUCUGCUGGACCAGAGCCAGCAGGAGUGCCCCCUACUGGCCGAGGAGGAGGGCAGGAGCGUGAUCUCCGAGCAGGAGCCUCAGGACAACAAAUACACCGUGAGGCCUCCGAUGGAGCUGGACAGUCGCUUCCUCGCGCAGCAAGAGAAGAAGAAACAGGAGGCUGAAGCUGCGUUGCUUCUGAAACAAAAACUACAGGAGCAGAGCGAGCAGCGACCCGCCGACGACCCGUUGCGAGGACUCCGGGUGCACUGCUGGGUUCUGGUGCUGUCAGGGAGUUGGAGCGUCCAGGAGAACUUCUUCAUCGACCCGCUGACGGGGAAAAGCUACACGACCAAAGACGACAACUUCCUGGGCGUGGAGAGCGCGUGGAACAAUCUCAACUACUACGUCAACCUGCAGGAGUGCAACAACAGCUGCAAGGACAUGGUGUUCGACCUGGAGGAUUUAAAGACAUGGGAGCCGCUCUUGUACGGCGCAGUCAGCAAAAAUCAGCUGAUUCUCGAAGCAUCGGAGGGAAACGAGGAAAUGACAGUGAGCAAAGUCAAUGACGACAAGGAGGAAGAGCGGCCCCGGGUUUUAAGGAUGCCGACAUCCUGGGUCGGUCCAAUCAGCAUCUCGCAGAGAGAUCUGGAGACCCGUUACCCAGAAGGCCAGAGGGUGACCCGCUACAGGAGGGCAAAGCUGGAGCGGUUUGCACCGUGGAUCUCAGAAGGCCUCGUCACACGACUGACGACAUACAAAGACCUGGACUGUACUGAGGUCGUCAUGGUGAAGGAGUGGUAUCAGCACAGAAAAGACCACCUGGAGCAGAGGGAGGUCAACAAGGUCGACAACGUCACCACAGAACGCUUCAAAGACGGAAGAAGUUUCAAACUUUUAUUUCACAGGUACACGUCCCUGAGCAAAGACAGCCAGCACGACAUGAAGUUCAGUUCUACUCGCGUCGACGGCCUGGUGCGGAGGGUGGAUUCACCGUUUGACAUGACGGAGAUGUUUGAGGGCCGGAGCGACUUCCUCUACUACCGGCACGCCGUCUUCAAGACACGCAACGCGUUGCCAAGACCAGAUGUGGACAACCAUCAGGUCGAGGAACUGAUCAGGAAACUGGUGGAGCAUUUCCACAGGAACACGUCCAAACCAGCCAACGAAGACGUGGCCGUGCGAGUGUUCACAGUGGGGUUCCAAUGCCGCAUCGAUUUGACCUAUCACUUAGAGGAUUACCAGUUUUCCCCUUCAAAGAGGACCUUCAUCUUACCGCGAGAGCCAACAGAGAGGCGGAAGGGCGAGGGCUUUACUCCCGACAUGGUCUCCAGCUUCCAGGAGGACCCAACUGAGAAGCCUCUCCACACUCUGGCUCUGCAUAAGAUGAUGGUGGACCUGAUGAAGGAGAAGGAGGAGGUAUCCCUCCAAAUCAAAGAGUCCAUAUGUGAGACGAAGGCCAUUGUGGAGUGCAGGAGGCAGGAAGAGAAACAUGUUCAGCUUUACUACUCACCAUGGACGACAACAGGCGCCGCCGAGGCCCGCAGACGGAGACAGGAAAUGGAGCGUCAGGCUUUGGAGGAGCAGAAGUGGCUGCAGGAGAUGGAGACGGACAUCAUGGCUCCCUUCCUGAUCGGGCAGAACAACACAAUGAAUCUGACUGGCGCGGAGGCCAAGAGGUUCUACCAGGACAGUCUGGACAAGUAUAAAGAGAAACUGGUCAACCAAGUCACCUUCAUCCACAGUCGCUUCAUUACGGAAACAAAUAACCUACAGAAGAAGCAGGAGUGGUACCAGAAGAACCAGCUGAACAUGACGGCCCAGCAGGAGGAAGAGUACCAAACCUACUGCGCUGAGAAAAUGCUGCAAAUACAAGUGGCCAAGAAACGCCUCAGCAUGCACAAAGAAGCAGCUCCUAAAAAGAUUGAUGAUUUUAUUCAGAAGCUGAGAGCAGACCCUCGACUGAAGCCUCACCUGCCUCCUUUAUAAACACAUACAAAGUACAUUCAGGAUAUUUCUACUGCAUUCAAAGUACAAAAUAAAAUAAAUACAAGAAGGAAAUACUGAAUCAUAGUUUG